GAAUUCAACUUCAGCAUGACGACCAUCAGUAUUUCUGUCGAUUCUUAAUGUUGUUAUUUCAUAUUGUGAUUUAUCACGUAUACGUGCUGUAACUGUACCAUGUUUUGUUCCGGAUUGUGUCGUUAUUAAACGUAUAUCAGGAAAAUACCUUAAAAUAUUAAUCAUUUCAUCGGGUUUAGCAUCGGAUGCAAAAUCAAUAUCAUUCGGAACGAUAUGACAUAAAAUAUCACGUACAGCACCACCGGCCAUUCUCUUUGGUAAAAAAGAAAAGUAAGAUUUUUCAAACAAAAAAAAAUGGGAUCCUAUUUAUCAAAACCACGUACCGAAAUUGAUAGUUCGAUUCAGGAAAAUGAACAAUUUAUUUGUUGUACAGCCGAAAUGCAAGGAUGGCGUAAAACACAAGAGGAUGCACAUGUUGCCAUAUUGAAUUAUGACGAUAAUGGUACUGCAUUCUUCGCUGUUUUUGAUGGACAUGGUGGUCAUGAAAUAUCAAAAUAUUGUGCACAAAAUCUACCUGAUUUUAUUAAAAAAUCAUCAUUUUAUAAGGAGAAAAAAAUUUCUGAUGCGCUAGAAGAAUCAUUUUUAAAAUUUGAUAAUACACUUAAAGAACCAAAUGUAUUAGCUGAGCUGAAAAAAUUGGCCGAUUUGAAUGAUAUUAGUGAUAUUGAUGAUGAUGAAACAUCAACACUAAGAAAAGAAGCCAGCAUUCCAAUUGAGGAAAUUAUAGCCAGAAAUUUUAAAAUUCGUUAUGGUGAAAAUUCGAAUGAUGAUGAUGAUCAUGACGACCAUAAAGAUGGCGAAAAGAUACAAAAUGGAAAUAAUGAAGAAAAUUCUGAUGAAAAAGAAAGUUCAUCGUCGUCAUCAUCGUCCAAACCAUUGUCAUCAUUAGAAAUGGCAAAGAAAAAUAGUUUGCUACUUAAAUCGGAAACUUUGAAAGCAUUUUUACAAGAUUAUCUUGAUGAAGAAGAUGACGAAGAAGAUGAUGAAAGUGAUGAUGAAGAAGAAGAAGAAGAGAAUGGUGAAUCUCCCGGAGAUUCAUCAUCAAAUGAUGAUGAAGAAGAUGACGAUGAAGAUCUCGACGACGAUGAUGAUGAUGAUGAUGAUGAUGUACCUGAUAGUCGUGAAGAUAUUGCAACUGGUUUGAAAAAUGUUUUCAAUAUGGAUUAUGAACCAGGAAAAGGAAGUGGUUGUACAGCUAUUGUAGCCAUUGUAUGUAAUGAUAAAAUUUAUGUUGCAAAUGCUGGUGAUUCACGUUGUGUAUUAUCACGUAAUGGUCAAGCUAUACAAAUGUCUGAAGAUCAUAAACCCGAAGAUGAACGUGAAAAAGAUCGAAUUAUUAAUGCUGGUGGUGAAAUUACAAAUGAUGGUCGUGUUAAUGGUGGUUUAAAUCUAUCACGUGCUAUUGGUGAUCAUAUGUAUAAAAAUAAUCCAAAUGUAUCGGAUAGGGAACAAAUGAUAACAGCAUUACCAGAUAUACUUACAUUACCUAUUGAUAAAGAAAAAGAUGAUUUUCUUUUCCUUGCUUGUGAUGGAAUAUGGAAUUCAAUGAAUAGUCAAGAAGUUGUGGAUUUUAUUCAAAAACGAUUGAAAGAUACGGAUGAUUUGAAAGAAAUAUGUUCAGAGUUAUUCAAAACAUGUUUGGCACCAAGUACCGAUGGUGAUGGAUCUGGUUGCGAUAAUAUGACAUGUAUAUUGGUUCGAUUUAAAAAAUCAAAUUCAGAAAAUUCUUUGAAUAAUAUUAAAAAUGGUAAUAUUGUCAGUAUAAAACGACCACUUGACGAUCAAGAUUCGACAACCAAUGACCAAAAUGGUACAUCAAAUGAUGAACAUCAUUCCGAAUCAUUAACAACGAAUAAACGAAUUAAAAAUGAUGAUGAAAAAAUAGCCGACAACGUUAAUGAUGAUGUUUAUAAUAAACCAGGAUCAUCACGAGACUAAAAGAAGAAAAUUACGCAUUAAUCGCGCAUAAUCAAAGACAUUAUUCGUAAACAACAUUUUUUAAGAGAAAAUUUGUAAAAAACAAAAUCCAAAAAAUGAUUUUAUUCAUCUUUAUU